AUGGCGAUGCUUUUCCGAAGCAAACCUCGCGAGGUCAAGGAGGUCCAACUCCAUCCCGAGUAUCCCCAGCACCAUGGCGACACGCUGCUCGUCUGCCGCGACGAGCUCGUCGGCUUCAAGAUCAACGGGCAGAUGCUCCAGCUGCUAUGCCCGGCAUUCUCCAAAGCCGCACCAAAGGACGGGUGCGACAUUGCCGACUGGACGCGCCCGUCGUUCUGGGUCAACGACAAGCCCGACGACGUGUUUCCGUUCCUGCGCUUCCUCAACGCGUGCAACCACGACGCGGCGACCAACGUCUUCAGCGGCACAGAGUACAGAGCCAUCUGGCGCCUGCUGACCGAGUACAAGGCGCUGCCGUUCCUCGAGUCCAUCUUCCGCGCGAGCGUGACCAAGAAGGCGCGCCAGCUCGCCGAUCAGCGCGAGUCCCUGCCUGACCGCGCCGAGGUGCUCGCCCUUCUGUAUCUAGGGCACACGCUCCGGAACGCCGAGAUCUGGUCGUCACUCUGCCUCCGCGGUCGCAUGAGCAGAACAUGGUGGAGAGUCAUGCUCAACCCGUUCCAGCUGGAGGAGGCUGAGGUCAAGGACCUCGGCUCGACCGUCGUCCGCGCGCUUGCGUUCCUCGCCACGCAAAACGCGCUGUGCGGCGAUGUUGACGAAUUCGUAGCCGAGUAUUCCGCGAAGGGACUCUGCUUCUACCGCACCGCGGACAAGGAGGACACGACCAAGCACAUCUUCAUUUAG